AGUGCUUGGUGUGCUGCCGCCAUUUCUUCCGCCUUCAGUUUCUGCGCCUUUCGCAGGGCUUCUGACAGCGCUAUGUUGGGACAAAGCACCCAGAGGUUCACAACCUCUGUGAUCCAUAGGAGCCACUAUGAGGAGGGUCCAGGGAAGAAUUUACCAUUUUCAGUGGAAAACAAAUGGCGGUCACUAGCUACGAUGACUUUGUACUUUGGUUCUGACUUUUGCUGCACCUUUCUAUAA